UGGCGGCCUGCCAGCAGGGCGCCUCGUCCAGCUUCCUGCACCCGCCACGAACCCAUGGACGGGCAUGGUUCACGCCUGGCCCAUGCCGUGGCGUGCUCACGCUCCCGGAGCUGGCGUCCUCGGCCCGCGCCCUGGCGCUCCAUCACCGUUCGCCGGACACGCCGCCCACUACGCGCCGCCGCCACCGCCCCCGGCUGCACCCACCUACCAAGGUGCGGCCUGGGACCAAUCAGCGUUGGUUCAGGCCCUCAACAACCUGUCGCUCCAACAGCAGCAGGCGCCGCCGCCGCCAUCGAGUGAGUGGUACCUCGACACCGGCGCCACGUCGCACAUGUCAUCCUCGUCAGGACCGACGAACCCGGAGGGUGAUCCUCCGAUGUAACUCCACCGGCGACCUGUACCGCGUCAGCGUGCCCCCGCUCCACUGCAGCCUCCACGCCCACGCCUCCAUCUCUGCCGAUGUCUGGCACCGGCGACUCGGCCACCCAGGACGCACCACGCUU